UCUGUGAUACCACCAUAGAUGUGGUGGUCCGUGGUGUCAAAUAUUUGAUCAGUUUUUCAGUUAUCUCUAGAAUCUAUUCUACUUAAUAAUUUAUUUCAGUGUGUUUAACUUUGAUCUCUUAGGAGCUGGAGUCUGGAGCAACAAAAUAUAUGUACUUAAAUCAUUUGAGUAAUAUCACCGAAUUUCAUAAUGUCUAACAAAAAGUAUGGCCUAAUUAUUCCUGAGAAAUCACAUCUGCCAACAUUCCAGGCAUCACGUAAUGUUUUUGGGGAUGAUUCUGACUCGGAAGAUGAAUUUAAGAAAAAACAUGUUCUAUUGAAAUCAAGUGAUGCUUCUAUAAGACAGGGCAAAAUUGAACAAAAAAAGGCUAUACUAGAAGAUCCAACUGUUUACCAAUAUGAUGAGAUUUAUGAUUCUAUGGUGAUACAAAAGGAAAAUAAAGCAAUUAAAAGUAAAGAGAACAAAAAUCCUAAAUAUAUAGAAAAUCUGUUAAAAACUGCCAAUAAAAGGAAAAUAGAAAAUGAGCGGAGGAUUGAGAGACAGAUACAAAAAGAGAGAGAACAGGAAGGUGAAGAAUUUGCUGAUAAAGAAGUUUUUGUCACAUCAGCAUAUAAAAAAAAGUUAGAAGAACUGCGAUUAGAAGAAGAAAAAGAAAAACGGGAAGAAUAUUUAGAAAAAAUAGGAGAUGUUACUCAACAACAAGAUUUGGGUGGAUUUUAUCGACAUCUUUACGAGCAAAAGUUAGGUUUUGAUAGACCUCAAAAAGAUGAUAUUAAUGAAAAACCUGAAGAAAAAAAACAGUCUAAACUUUAUAUAGAUAAAUUUCAAGGAAAUAAAUCUGAUAGUUCACCAGUGUCUAAGAAAAGGAACUAUAGAAAACAAAGAAAAUCAUCACAUGAUGCUAAUAUAUCAGAGGAUGAGAUAGCAGAUUCUGACAAUGAAAUAAAUAAGAAAAAAUCUAAACAGACUGAAGUGAAUAUUGAUGCAGAUUCAGACUUCUCAAUAGAUGAAUCUAGUGAUGAUGAACAAAAGCCAAAGACUCCUAGUUCAAAAGCAACUGUUGAAAAUAAAUUAAUAAAACCUGAUGACAAUCCAAAUAUUGAAUCUAAAGGUGGAAAAGCUGAAAGCACAGUUGAAACAAAACUUGAAGAAGAAAUUAAACAUAAACUUGAUAUUUGGAAGAAGAGAACUGUUGGAGAAGUAUUUGAUCAGGCUUUAAAAAGGUAUUAUGAGAGGAAAGCAGCUAGAGGAAGUUAAGAAAUGGGUCAAGAAAAAAUUAGAAUUUAAAUCAAAAGUAUAAUAAUUGUAAAACUAGUUAAACUAUUAUGUAUUAUGUAUAGCUAAUAAAAUAAAAUUUAUUUCCUUCAUUCAUGAUUAAAUACUCCUGCUUAGUAAUGUGCCUUGCAGUGAACUGUAACAAUAAAACAUAUAGUACUUAAUGAUUUUUAAUAUA